UUGUCAAUUGUCAAAGACAGUGCUGAGUGCUGUCAAAUUCAUAAAAGUGCUUGUUUAUUUUUGUGAAUUUAGAAUUUACUAUAGUUAUUAUUUCAAUUGAAUUGUUUUAGUAUAAUAAUUGUGAUCUACAAAAUGGAUACACCCGAUUUAUUAACACCUUUUAAUCCUCAAUCGGAUUCAGAGCCAUCUAAUAAUACAACAGGAAGUGCAGCAAUUAUCUUAAGUUCAUCGACCAACGACGAUUUCUCAGAAUUACAAGAACAAGCGAUGGAGAAUAUUCAAAAACCUAAUGUACCCAAUGUAAAUGUACCAGAAAGAAUAGUUCUUUGCUUGGAUGUUUGUUUCGACAACAACAAAUCACUGUAUCGGCUAGGCGAUGGCUCAACAUUCACACCGAUCAACAUGAUGAAGAGAGUUAUAGAAUUUUUCUUACAUUCAAAAAAUGCAAUUAACAAGAAAACUGAGUUUGCCAUAAUAGUGCUAAAAGGUACAGAAGCUGUUUGGAUACAAAAUUUUACUAACAACAUAAAGGAUAUUUUAAGUACUAUUGAAUACUUAGGUCCAGAAGAAUGCACAUCUGAAAUAUUUGAUAUGAAAAAUAUUUUCAAUUGGAUACAUCAAAAGGUUGAGAUACCGGAACACAAGGAUGGAGAGAGCACACAGCCACCACCAUAUGUGGUGCGCUUGCUCGUGUUUUAUGUGCGAUCAAACUGUAUUCCAAUAAUUCCACAAAAUGAAGCUUACUACAGCAUUCUCAAGAAACAGUUGUACUUCUACAUAGACAUAUUACUGGCACAUGAAGAAGAAUGUUCUGUGUACAAAUGUGAAGAGGUUUACGAUGCACUUCAAGACUUAGAUAAUGGUUAUUCUUAUGUAUUUGAAGUAUCAAGGAAUGCAACAAAGAUUCAUGACUGUAUUGCUAAACUGCUUGCCCAUCCGCUGCAGAGGCCUUUACAAAAAAAUACUGAUUAUACAUUUGGUGCUAAAAAUUAAAGCCAAAUAAUAUUAUGCAUUUUGAUAUUUGAGUUUGUUUCAUCUCAUGACUCUUGGUGGCUAUUUAUAUAAAAGUCCCAUUCCCAAUACCCAAUAAAAUAAUUAUAAAUAAAAUAUCUUGCUUUAAGUGAUAUAUGUGUAUUGUAUAGAGAUAGAUAAAUAAAACAAUCAAACUCC